CUUUCAUUCAUAACUUCGUGGAAAAUUGCGAAAAUCUUCCAUGACGCACAGCAUAAGUGGAAUGUAUGGACUAAUUAUACACAGCUUCCACAUGUAAAUUCAGAAAGAAUCUGUUAGCUCGAGGUUUAACAAUCACAUAUUCUUUUGUUAAGAAUUGAUGUGAAGACAAAUAAAAGUUAGCCGAGUUUAUAUAUCUAUAUUUCUUGUAUCAUUAUAUAUAAUAAUAACUGAUGAAAAACAUGCCUAAGUCAUUUGAGAACGGGUACGAGAAAGGGACAUGUUUGGAUAAUGGAGUUGUAGACGGUGGAGAAAAUCCUUAUAUUUUUCCAGAGGUCCAAGUUGUCGAAGUUAAAGAAAUUAACGGAGCAAAUGGUGAUAGUCAGUAUGAAACAAACAGCCAAGAAAGUGACGAAAGCGGAAGUAACGACAUCUCAUCCGAUUUAAACGAGAAACCAAGAGCAGCAUGGGGUGGACAGAUGGAAUUUAUCCUGACUAUGGUUGGGUAUGCAGUCGGAUUAGGGAAUGUGUGGAGAUUUCCGUAUCUUUGUUACAAAAAUGGCGGAGGUGCUUUUUUGUUACCAUACACGCUGAUGUUAGCAGCAGUUGGCUUGCCGUUAUUUUAUAUGGAAGUUGGAAUCGGACAGUUUGCUAGUCUUGGACCAUUGAGCAUGUGGAAGAUGAAUCCACUUUUGAAAGGUCUUGGUUAUGCUAUGGUGAUAGUUUCCUGGUUGAUAGGAUUGUAUUACAACGUUGUCAUAUCACAUGUGCUGUAUUUCUUAUACGCAUCAUUUACAACAGAGCUGCCAUGGGCCUCCUGUGGCAACGACUGGAACACACUAAACUGUCGUGACGCCGACGCUAAAACAGUAGCCAAUAACACGUUUAGUAAUUCAACAACGGGUGUACCCGCAGCCAUGUCUCUGCACACCAACACUACCCGGACUCCAAGUGAGGAAUUCUAUAGGUAUCAUGUUUUACAACAGACCGAUUCAAUAGACGACUUCGGUACUAUACAAUGGCAUUUGGCCCUGACCUUGUUCAUAGCCUGGGUAAUAGUUUUCCUGGUGCUACUUAAAGGAAUUAAAACUCUUGGAAAGGUCGUAUAUUUUACUGCAAUUUUCCCAUAUGUCAUGUUGACAGUACUCUUCAUCCGUGGAGUAACUUUACCAGGGGCAUCAGUCGGAAUAGAGUAUUACCUGAAACCAAACUUCGAACGUCUGCUGGAUCCACACGUAUGGAGUGACGCAGCAACCCAGAUUUUUUACUCCCUUAGUGCAUGUACUGGUGGUCUGAUUGCUAUGUCAAGCUACAACAAGUUCAACAAUAACUGUUUUAGGGACUCUCUCAUCGUAUGUUUUGUGAACUGUGGUACCAGUGUGUUUGCCGGUCUAGUCAUAUUCUCGGUUCUGGGAUUCAUGGCAACAGAAAAAGGCGUAGAUGUUAGUAAAGUUGCAGAUGGCGGUCCAGGUCUUGCCUUUGUUGUUUACCCGGAAGCAUUAUCACGUAUGCCAAUCGCUCCAAUGUGGUCCGUGUUCUUCUUUAUCAUGAUGGCCACUUUAGGAUUUGGUUCUGAGUUUUCCUACGUGGAGACGUUUUUAUGUGCUAUUGGUGACGAGUUUCCUCAAUUUCUACGAAUAAGAAAAAACAACAUUAUAUUCAGAGCUGUCAUGCUUGGAAGCGCUUUCCUCCUUGGUUUACCGAUGGUCUGUAAUGGUGGUAUCUACCUGCUGAACAUUGUAGACUUUAGUGUUGGUGGGUUCCCACUGCUUGUUGUUGGGUUACUUGAACUUGUUGGAAUAAGUUGGAUUUAUGGUAUGGAUACAUUUUCUGAAAAUAUACAUAUGAUGAUUGGUUCAAAACCAGGAAAAUAUUGGAUAAUCUGUUGGAAGUUUUUAUCUCCAUUCAUUAUUGCUGUCACAAUUAUCCUGAAUAUUGCCAUGUACAAAGAACCAACUUUGGAUGACAAAAAGUAUCCUGCCUGGGCUAACAGUCUGGCAUGGUUGAUUUCAAUGUUUCCUAUUGUAGCCAUUCCUGCAUGGUUCUUGUAUAAGUACUGUACUGUUGGAGGAUUUGAGGUAUUAAAAGAAAAUAUGAAACCGUUGCCAUCAUUUGGACCUAUAAAAGAAAAACAAUAUGCAGAAAUGGAAGCAGAAAUUAAAUGUCGUUUUAAUCCAUCCUUUACCAGAUUAAUGGGUAGCCAGAUGUCAAAUACAACGUCAGUUACAGAAUUUUCUCCACAGUCAUCGACUUUGAAUCUUAUAAAAUCCAGAUCCUCAGGUGAAUCAAACGUUUGAAAUCGCCGUCUAUUUGACGCAUUUACUCAUCGAAAACAUCAAUCAAAAAAUGGACAGAAAGCUGUCUAAAGAUAAAAGGGAAUAAAGGCAUCGGCAGUACCUGUAAGGAGAAAAUGAAUGCAAAAGUGUACCCAAAGAUGACGAAAGCAUGUUCCGCCAAAGGACAAUUUGAACUACAUAUUCAAUGAUAUCGUUAUCUCACGAGACGAGUACCGUGACUGUGCGAACUUAUCUGUUAUUUGUCUCUCACGAUCUCUGUGUUGUGCUGCAUUCACUAGAUUGUAAAACAAUUAGUACAUGACUUUUUCCCUCUCUCUCUCUCUCUACCUUGUCUGUCCCCAACUAUUUAUCUUUUGAUAGAAAAUAUUAAUAUCAUUUAACAUUAAUGGGGCAUUAGUGGCCAAAUUCAUGUCAAACCGAAUUGAUAUAAAACUCUCAAAUAUGAUUUCUGCCGUACUAAAACGUAUAUCAAUAUCCCAAAAGUCCUUUAAGAAACAGUAAACAAUGCAUGGAAUUGUUAUAACGUAAUUCAAUAUUACAUUCUUGUAAUUGUUUGAAGCAAAAAAAACAUACAUGUAGUUUAAUUAUUUCAAAAUCGUAGCUACUGCCCCUUUGAUACGAAUGAUAAUGAAAAAUAACUGGUUAUAAGGCAUUACAAAUUGUAUGAGACUUAGUUAUGUAUUUGCUAUAUAUUGUGUGAUAUUCUCCUUGCACAAAAAAUCAAUAGGUUGAUUAAAUAUAUCGAACGAGACAAUACAGAAAAUAAUUAUGUUAUCUGUAGCUAUUGAACAGUUCAUACAAUAUCCGUACUGAAAGUGUUUUUUAUAUUAUUGCUCAACAAUUCGGAAAGAUUGUUUUCUUGAAACCUAGUGAAUUGCGGUGCAGUUGUUUUUGUUGAUUUGAAUAAAUUAUUUUAAACAAA